UAGACCAUAUCUUGGAUGACAACUGAAAAUAAUGUUACUGGCCAUGGAAGGUCUUGAAUCGAAGUCUCAAGGUUCGAUGUGCCAGAAUGACGCUCUGGAAUCUGCAGUCACGCUGAAGCAUUCUAUUGCUAGUAUUUUGAAACCUGGAUUAAGCAAAUCAAACGUAGCUGUUCUAGAUUACAACAAAUCAAAGUGCAUCAAAGGAACAAAAUUGCAGGAAGAUAUAGAAGAGGGAAAGACGAAUAGACUAAGAAGAAGUAGAACCACAUUCACCACGUACCAGCUGCACCAACUUGAAAGGGCAUUUGAGAUGUGCCAAUACCCCGAUGUCUUCAUGCGGGAAGACCUAGCUAACAAGCUUGAAUUGAGUGAAGCUAGGGUGCAGGUUUGGUUUCAGAAUCGGCGUGCUAAAUGGCGAAAAAAGGAAAAGCUCUCCAACAGCAGAAUGAAUGGUCCAUGUCCCCCUGAAGUUGAGCAACUCUACGAAAACCACAAACGCUUCUGCGCACAGCAGAGGGAUUAUCGAUACAUAAAAAACACCCCUGGAUAUUUUGCGGCGUCUCGUCUAGCAAGAGACUUUCUGCAUCAAGGGGCGGCGUGCUACGUAUGUGGGUCAUCUAGUAGUUUUAUCACAAACAAUUUGCAAAAUACGGAAUGCUGCUCCGAAUCCUCGUUGUUACAAUGUUGUUUGCAGUUAUAAUGUUAUGUUUGCAGUUAUAAUGAUCAGCAGCCAUUUUCCAAGAAUCUCCAGUUGCUAAUUUGCUACUUUAGUCAAUGAUUUUUAAUUAUCUCGCUACAGUACAGAGAGCUAUAGCUGCAGUUUAUCCGCGAAACUGGUCGACUGGCUUAAGAUCGUCCCACAUGCCACCAACAUAAGUUUUAUACUGUUUUAGCACUCGUGUAUGUAGUUAGAUGUAUGUGUAAGUUUCACGAAACCUUUUUCUUUUUUUUAUGUUUAAUGGACCCGGGGUAGACAUAGUACCCUGCUCUCCGGGGUAUCGUCAAUAGUAGCGUGGUAGAGUAAUUUCCUGUAUAUAAAGUAUUGUGUGUAAGUACUUGUAAAAUUUGUAUUGGAUGUUAUAGAAAAAGCAAUAGCUAACUCUUA